AUGGGCAUUCCGAUGUGGCGCGAGCCUUCCGAGGCCGAUAACACAAAGACCACCCUUGAGAAAGAUUCCUCCGCUGCUGCGCGUUCCUCAAUCCGCCGGCAACCUACGAUCCGGCGCGCAUCACGCCAUUCCUCCCGCGCGCGCGGCGGCGGCGUCUUAACCACCCUUCAGUCACAGCUCCUUGAUGAAAUCCAUCGUGACUACGGCAUCGGUCACCGACAAUCGGCAGUGCGAUCUCCUGUAUUGAACCUCGGCGUCAGCGAAGAUGGAUUAGAUCUAGAUACGACCCGGCGCGAGGCCUUGAACCGGAGUUCGGCACGUCCGAAUCCGCCACGUCGUGAUCACUCGCACUCGAGUCGACGCUCUCGCAUCACUCGCGAUGAAGCCCUGGCCAAUAUUCUCGCAAGCCCGGAUUCUCCUCCACAUGGGCGUACUGGGAGCCCUUUCUUGACCCCGAAUUUCCCCCCCGCAAUCUACCAUUCAUCUCACCCAUCUAUCGAUGGUAUCCGCCUGCCUCCUCUCAUCCGCAGCGAUGGCCGAAGUCGUGAACCCACCGCCCACAUCCCAUCUGUUCUGCUGCGAGAUUACCGGACCGGAAAUGGACCUGUUCGACCCCGGGAAUCAGCUAUCGACGGUCUUGGCGAUCGGCAACGCAGCCUGAGCCCCGAUGGCGAUCGCGAUGCAUGGGAAACCCUGCUUUCUACCAUCACUCCUGAUGCCAAUUUACCUUCCACCGACACCUCCUUCUCCUCGAAUUCCGCUUCUGCGACAGACGCGCCGCGCACCGGGACGUCCCGAAACUCUGCGAAUUCCUCUCAAACACAACCGUCCUCCCUCAACUCCAGCCACCCUAUGGCAUCUCUUGACCCGUACCCCGACCAUCUCAACCCCUGUGACUUUUCUUCGGACGAUGAGGAUACGCCUGUAAAUUACCAUCGGGUCUUGACACCCUCGGGCCUUCAAAUGCCCCUGCGCCGUUCUGCCGGCCUCCACUCGACAAUCAGUGGACACCCUCCAAUUCCUACCAUCUCCUUUUCCUUCUCCGAUAAUUCGAACGAGUCCGAUAUCCAUCAGAUGCAGGCUAUUCUAGAGCCGACUCGCUCGCCGGGAGGACAUCCCCGAUGA